AUGGCUUCCUCGUCGACACCAGCGACGCCGCUCCUCUACUCCUGCAUCGCUCACAAAACGACCAUCCUCUCAGAAUGCACAACCUCAGCCUCGUCGCAAACCUCGUCGCUCGCGUCCCUCAUCCUCCCCAAGAUUGAGCACACCAAGCCGCAAAAGCUCACCUACACGCACGGCAGCAACCAAAUCCACUACAUUGCCGAGGCGCCCUCGGAGCACCCCGACCACCCGGCCGCCGGCGGCCUCACCUUCCUCGUCAUCGCCGACACGUCGCUCGGCCGGCGCGUGCCCUUUGGCUACCUCGUCGAGGUGCGCCGGCGCUUCUUCGCCGCCUUCCCCGAGACGAGCGACUUCUCCGACAUGCCAAACUACGGCGCGGGGUCCUUCAACGGCAGCCUCAAGACGCUCAUGGUCGAGUACGGCGCCACGAGCGGCGGCCAGAGCGACGCCAUCGGCAACGCGCGCCGCGAGAUUGACGACGUCCGCGGCAUCAUGACCAAGAACAUUGAGAGCCUGCUCGAGCGCGGCGAGCGCCUGGACCUGCUGGUGGACAAGACGGACCGGCUGGGGGGCAGCGCGCGCGAUUUCCGCGUGCGCAGUCGCGGGCUCAAGCGCCAGAUGUGGUGGAAAAAUGUCAAGCUCAUGGCCCUGCUUGGCCUGGUGGUCUUGAUCAUUAUCCUGGUCAUUGUCAUUUCUGUCAAGAAUUAA